ACAUUAGAACCUUAUACUUCAUUUUUGGUGCCUGAACUGGACAAAAGAAGAAUUGAAAACGUUGCAGGAACAGGAUUAACAGUAUAUUCACCUUUAUCAACGGGAAUUUCCCACACAGGAGCAUCAAUUGAUUUAGCAAUGUUUUCAUUACAUUUAGCAGGAAUUGAAUCAAUUUUAGUAGCCAGGGAGAAGGUUGCAUUUGGUACUCUCGGAAUAAUAUAUGCCAUAUUACCUAUUGAAUUAUUAGUUUUUUUUUGCAUGAGCCAUCAUAUAUUUACCGUUGGUAUAGAUGAAGUUACUCUAAUAUACUUCUGUUCAGCAACUAUAAUUAUUGCUGUACCAACAGGAAUGACUAACAAUAAAUCCAAAAUGAUUAAAAAUACAAUAUAUAGUAAUAUUUAUGUGAGUAAAUUUAACAUUAUUUCCUCAACACUUUCUCGAUAA